GCCUGGUGAGCAGGAGGGAGCACAGAGGAGGAGACAGAGGCUGGUCACUGCUGCGUUACGCUCCUGCAGCGCUAUUGUCAUCUCUGUGGACGCGCUGUGAAAGAGUGGAUUUACAGAGGCCAGACACUGAUCUGCAGAUUCAUGGAUUACCAGCAGGGGGAUGCUGGAGGCUAAUGUGGCUAACAUUAGCAUGACGGCGAAGCCCAGAGAGCUGAACCUCAGGUCUGCUGCUGCUGUCUCCUGCCAGGAUACUUCAGCCCAGGCCAUGGCCUCUAGGAAGCCCCCGCCCAAGCCCUCUGCUCUGCCCCAGGGACCCUCGCGUCCCUCCGGGUCAGAGCUCAAAGUCUACCGUCCCUCCUCGGGAUCUAUCCCAAUUCCCAUCCCCAAUCCAUCCGGCCUCCGCAAGCAGCGAUCACUCAGCAACUUGUGUGUGCUCACUGAUGCUGAGAAGAAGCUGCACCUGUACCAGUCUCAACGGUGGAAUGAUUGUACAAACCGGCCUGGCGCUGGCGCCAACAAGGCAGGACAGACUAAAACAGGUCCUGCUGCGGCCGGGAAACCGCCUCUCUCGCGGACCCUUUCGAAGUCAGAACAGUCUCUUUUCCAGGGAAGACCCAAACCUCUCUGCUCCCCAGCUGUCACUCCCAACACCGGCAAGCCGAGUCGAAUCCCUGCCCCUGGUAAACCACGGGGACCUUACGCUGAGGUCAAGCCCAUCAGCAAGGCCUCUGAGGCGGGACAGAGUGCAGACAUAGACCCCGCUGACCACCCAAUUAAAGCUAACUCCAAUGGAGCUGGGAGCACCGGGACUUAUGGGAAGAAACUAGGGGAGAAGGUGAGAUCUGCAUCUCUGUCGACAGAGGACAAGAAAGAGAGGAAAGGGAUAGAGGGGGAAGACGACAAGAGCUUUCUGAAGGUGGACCCAGAGUUGGUGGUGACGGUGCUUGGGGACCUGGAGCAGUUACUCUUCAGCCAAAUCCUCGACCCGGAGUCGCAGAGGAAGAGAACGGUGCAAAAUGUUUUGGACCUUCGACAGAACCUGGAGGAGACCAUGACAAGCCUGAGAGGGGUGCAGCUCAGCCACAGCUGUGUGGAGGGGACCAUGUGCUACGACAGCGACGAAGCUGCCGCCUUCUCCGUCUCCAGUCUUUCGAACCGCUCCUCUCCGUUGUCGUGGCGCCAGGGUCAAGCCAGCCCCCGUCUGCAGGCUGGGGACGCUCCGUCCACAGUUAACACCCAGGUGGACAUCCCCCGCCGGAUCAGCCACUCCUCUCGCAUCCACCUCAUCGAGGCCCUGGACGUCACAGACCCGUCCCUGCUGAAGGGAGACUACCUCAGUGACAGCGACCUCGGCGGGAAGAGCCAAAACGAGGAUGAUGAAGACGACGAUGAUAUUGAUGAUCUGGGGAACGGCUGGGAUGAGAGCAGCUCCAUCAGCAGCGGCCUCAGUGACGGCUCAGACAACCUGAGCUCUGAAGAGUUCAACACCAGUCCCACUCUCAACUCGCUUCCCACCACUCCCAUCGGCUCCCGCAGGAACUCAACCAUAGUGAUGCGUACAGAUGCGGAGAAGCGAUCUCUGGUGGAGAGCGGCCUGUCGUGGGACACCGAUGAUGCCAAACCCGGCUGCAAGAGCCAGGGCAGCAGCGUCUACAACACAGGAAGUCUCAAGUCCGAAUCGGCCAAUAAAUGGAAAAAGACGAGGCCGCAGCACGGGGAGGGGCUGGAAGGAGGUAAAGGUGAACUGAAGAAGCCUCAAACCCUGGGUCAAGGAAACGUGUUGAGGAAAGGAAGAAACCCACCCGUAGGAGUCACAUCCCCGAUAACCCACACCUCUCAGAGUGGGCUGAAAGUGGCAGGUACAGUCCGAUCAGAUGGGAAGCCCAUGGAUAAGUCCAGGUUGGCAGUGAAGACUUCAGGUCUUCAGCGCUCCUCCUCUGAUGCUGGUAAAGAUCACAGGAAUGGCACCGGUGGUGGUGAACAGCGUAAACCUCCAUCUGGCCUGGUCAGGCCCUCAACAGGUGGAAACUUUGGCUUCAAGAAGCAAACCACAGUCGCCCCUAACGGGACAAACCAUGUCGGUGCGUCUGCUAUGAUGAGUACAGGUGGCAGUUCCAUACCCAGCGGCUCUGCAACUGUGGGGAAGGUUCCCAAAACAUCUGGUAUUCCUGUCAAACCCGGGGCUGGUGGUGGUGGUGGAGGAGGACGGAAGACAAGUCUAGAUGUUUCAAGCAGCGAUCACAGUAGUUUUCUGUCCCCAAAUGCCAGGACGUCUCUCCAGUACCGCUCUCUGCCUCGUCCUGCCAAGACAAGCACACUGACUCUAACCCGGCCGAGCUCCGCGCGCCCAGUAAGCACCACCAUGGACACAGGCUGUGGACUAAUCAAACCCUCCUCUACAGCACCUCAGGGCUCGAGGCUCAAAGAGCCUGGUUCUGGAGCAGGGUUGAGUAAAGGAGGGAGCCGUGGGAUUCCAAGUCCUAGUCCUGUCAAUCAAACAGACCGAGAGAAGGAGAAAGAGCGAGCCAAAGCUAAAGCUGUGGUCUCUGACUCUGAGUGUGGAGGUGGGUCUCUGAAGGGGAGCCCGGCGCAGACCCCCUCAGAGAACGGAGUGAAGCUUCAGGGCCUGAGACCCCCCAGCAGUGGUAAGGGCGUAGAUCUGCCCUCACCCAACACACACAGAUUAUCUGGAGUACGCAGCCUCGCUAAGCCUCCAUCCAUGGCCCAUCUCGACAAGCUCAACUCCAACAGCCUGGAUGUGGGCGUUCAAGACUCACUGCCCCCGAAGAUCCCCCCCUACUCUAAGCUCCAGGACCUGGUGAGCUCAGCAGGCAGCCCCUGCCUCACUCCCAGCCCUGCCCCGUUACUCAAUGUGAACUCCUCGGCCUGCUUCUCGAGCUCCGGGAUGGGGCUGGGCCCGAGGCAGGUCUCUUCUCUCGGGGUGGAAGGGGGCAGGGGGAGCACUUCUCCCCUGCUCUACCCCCGUCUGUCUGGGCUACAUCGGAGCAUGGAGUCGUUGCCGCUGCAGAUGAGUCUGGCUCCAGAGCCCCAGGGAAGAGGGAAGAAUAGGGAGAGGGAGAGUUUGGUGCGAGGCUACACCACCUUAGAAUCCAGAGACAAAGAGCGACAGGAAGACAGAGGCCCUCCUCCCAGCUGGAGCUCUGGAAGUAAAGUCUCGCUGACUCUCACAGACAACUCUCAGAGAGACAGAAACACGCUGCCAAAGAAAGGUUUCAGCUGUGGCUCCCAGGUUGAGGAGGAAGGGAAGGAGAAAGGAGAGAGGAGACACUCUCAUUCUAUUCUCAGUAUGACCGACUCGCUCACUCUUCCAUUGAUGUCUUCGCCCACCUCCCUGCCCCGCACCUCUAAGACCAGUAUGGUAAUACCCAGCCCCGUGGGCGGACCUCCGAGGAUGACUCGAUCCAACAGCAUCCCAACACACGAUGCCUCUCUGGAGCUGUACGCAGCGUCUCCACUGGGCAGCACGCUGUCGCUGGCUGAGCGUCCACGCAGCAUGGGCAUGGUUCGCUCUGGAUCCUUCAGAGACAAGGAGCCCGAUGAAGUUCAUGGGUCUGUGCUCUCAUUGGCAUCCAACGCCUCCUCGAGCUACUCCUCUGUGAGUGUGGGCAACAUGCAUAAUCAGUGCACACUAGAGACAAGACUUUCUCCCUUGGCUGAGGAAAGGAUUCAGGGAGAGCAAAUCCGCAAGCUGAGGAGAGAGCUGGAAUCAUCACAGGAGAAGGUGUCGAACCUGACCACACAGCUGACGGCAAACGCAAAUCUGGUGGCCGCCUUUGAGCAAAGUUUGACAUUGAUGACCACUCGGCUCCAGAGUCUGUCAGUGAGCCACGAGCAGAAGAUACAAACGGAUCCACCUGAAGUGAACUCUCUGACAUUUACUCAUUUGAUGUCUGUGCAGGACUCUGAGCUGGUGGAGCUGCGGGAGACCAUCGAAGACUUGAAGACCAAGAAUGACGAGGCCCAGGCUGUUAUUCAUGUAGCUUUAAACAAUCCAGACGACGAGAAAGAUGUGCAAAUUCGACGUCAGAACUCAUGUGAGAGCAUCUCAAGUCUGAACAGCCUGACCAGUUUGUCGAGUAUUGGCAGCUAUAAGGACCAAGACGCCAAGAAGAAGAAGAAAAAGAGCUGGCUGAGAAGCUCCUUCAACAAGGCGUUCAGCAUCAAGAAAGGCUCCAAAACCUACUCAGACAUCGAGGAAAUCGCCACCCCCGACUCCUCGGCUCCCAAUUCCCCAAAGAUGCUUCAUGAGGGGGGAGAGGGAGGGGAGCUUCAGUUUUCAGGUCUCAAAACCUCCGUCUCUGCCACCUCCUCUGUCAUCAUGGAGACAACAGAGGAGGGGGACAACGAGGAAGCAGCGGUGUCAGGUCUACGCUCAGAACUCUGGGUGAAAGAGAGGGAACUGACGGACAUCCGACUGGAGGCCUUAAACUCUGCUCAUCAGCUGGAGCAGCUCAGAGAUGCCAUGAACAACAUGCAGUCGACCGUAGAGAACCUGAAGGCGGAGAACGACCAUUUGAAAACAGGUGAGGUCCCAGGCUCUGGUCCCACCUCCUCCACCUCCCAGCCUUCAGGCCUGGCCUCUCUCCUGGGACCCUCACUGAGGCAGCAAAUGAGCAUGCCCCUCACCAAGUCCUUCAGCCUCAGUCUGAAUGAUUGUAAAGAUCCAGACACGUCUUCAGUUGACAUGUUGAGUGUGUCUUCCUCAAGGGAUGAGGUGUGUGCACGAGUUCUGGUCGGCAUUGGAGAUCAAGCAGAGGUCAGUAAACAGCCACAGGAGCAUUACUUGGGCUCAGUGCUGGUCAGUGCGAAGACGGACUGGACCUGUCUCGACUCUCUUAUCGCCAAGAUCUUCAAAGACUAUCUAACUCAAGUGGACCCGACAGCCAGUCUGGGUCUGUCCUGUGAUUCGCUGCACACGUGCCAGCUGACCCAGGGAGUGCAGAGGGUGAUCGGGGGGGACAAACCUCAGGCCUCACCUUAUCGUUGUCUCAGCAGUGGUUCAGCUCGGAUAAUUGUCACCCUGAAAGGUCUUAGAGAAAAAUGCGUUGACUCACUUGUGUUUGAGACCCUGAUUCCUAAACCCAUGAUGCUGCACUACAUCACUUUGCUGCUGAAGCACCGGCGUCUGGUUCUGUCCGGGCCCAGUGGGACAGGGAAGACGUAUCUAGCUCAGCGUCUCGCCCACCACCUCCUGCAGCGCAGCCGGAUGGACUCAUCUGAGGCCGACCAGGAGACCUGUGUCCUGGGUCGCAGCGCCGCCGUCACCUUCAACAUGCACCGUCAGACACAGAAGGAGUUGCAGUUGUAUCUGUCCAACCUAGCCAAUCAGAUUGACACAGAGACUGGAGGAGAGAUGCCAUUGGUUGUUAUCAUAGAUGACAUAAGUGAUCCAGCGGCCAUUACUGAGCUAGUUAACGGAGCUCUCACCUGCAAGUAUCACAAAUGUCCGUACAUCAUCGGAACAACCAAUCAGCCAGUGAGGAUGUCGUCCAACCACGGACUGCACCUCAGCUUCAGGAUGGUGAUGUUCUCCAACAACGUGGAACCAGCGAAUGGGUUCCUGGUGAGGUACCUGCACCGUAAAGCUGUGGAGGCCUACCAGGAGAAGGAGCGGGACUCAACACGCCACCAAGCUCUCCUCCGCGUUCUCGACUGGGUCCCUCAGCUCUGGUACAACCUCCACACGUUUCUGGAGAAACACAGCACUUCAGACUUCCUCAUAGGUCCCUGCUUCUUCCUGUCGUGCCCAGUGACAGUGGCUGAGUUCAGGCAGUGGUUUAUAGAUCUGUGGAAUCACUCCAUCAUUCCAUAUCUGCAAGAGGGAGCCAAAGAUGGAAUCAAGGUCCACGGGCAGAAGUCUGCAUGGGAGGAUCCGGUGGAGUGGGUGAGAGGCACCCUCCCGUGGCCCGACGCACAGCAAGACCAGUCCAAACUCUUUCACCUACCUCCCCCCAGCAUAGGUGCUCUCAGUGAGGAGAAGAAGCCGCCCAAAGAUACGCCUCCGCCCAGCACGCUGGAGUCCGACCCACUGAUGGCGAUGCUGCUGAAGCUGCAGGAGUCGGCCAACUACAUCGAGUCUCCGGAGCGGGAAGGCAUUCUGGAUCCCACUCUGCAGGCGACACUCUGAGGACAACACGAGAAUGUCAGUCAAGCUGUGCGGAGCCACGGACUCUUUAUUCUUACGGCUGACACGGCGAGUGCAGUCCCGAUGAGACUUUAAAGACUCAAUCGUGAACUCUACUGUGUGCUCAGUGAGCAGUUACAAAGCUCCAUGUAAAGGAUCGACGGAGAGAGUGAUUGUGGACGAAGGGUUCGCUCGGCCCUGCUGUCACAACAUUGGAAAGACAAUUAACCUGCUCUCAUAGGAAGCUGUGAUGAUGAUCAUGUCAGGGAAAAAAGAUUAUUGAUUAUUCUCUUCUCUGCCCCCAGUUUGUCCCAGAUUCGCUGCUUUUGGAUCUGCAAGUGCAUGGUAACCGGAAUAGUAUAAUUACGUAUAAUCCUCCCGAUCAUGACCUAUCCAGCAAUUGUUUUGUUUGACUCCACCACCUUAACUUCAACUAUUUGGUGCUCACUGAUUUUCUUCUUACGUGCUUCGUUUUCAGAAAGAACAUUUCAGCUCAGAAGUAAAAACGGUCUGAUUUCCUCAAAUGCAGGGUCGUCACUUGACAACAGCAAAACAAAUUUAAAAAAUGCACUUUAUUUUCUACAUGUGAAAAUUGGAUUCAAGGAAGUUGUGUCAUUGAUUGUGCAUGAAAUGGAGGACUAUCAGUUUGGCCAAAUCAUGCAGUUCAGUAAAGAAUCCUCUAGAUGGCAGUAUCUACUGCUUUCUGCCUCAGUGCCAUCCUGGUGUUAAAUCUUCUCAAAGGUGCUCGGUAGAAAAUAACACACACACACACACAUUCAAUUCCUCAACUAUAAAAAUGGCCUUGAAUGUUUCUUUUUCUUUUGAGUUCAGCCAUAUUGUCAUUCAUGGAUCAAAUAUCAGCCCUGAGAAACUGUAAGAGAGACAUGCAUGGGUGAGUCUGUGCAGAAAACACCAUCGUCAUAGCCAGUGGUUUACUCCAGUAAUGUGCUGAUGAUAUUGUAAACACACAGAAAAAAAACAAAAACAGAAUUUGUUUGUUUUUCUAGUCUGCCAAAUCGGUUGGCCUCCCAUUUCUGGCUAUGCUUGCUUCUACUCUCUACUCCUCUAUCUGUUUUAAAACACAAACUUCUCUUGUGAUAGUUGAGGAUCUACGACUUUGAAAAUCUUGAUUUUGUAGGAUUUUGUACUGACUCAUCUUCAGUGAACAUGAUUAUCACCCAGUACGUAAACCAUACAUGCCACUAUCGACAACAGCCGACAGGGUAGACAGGGAUGAACUCCUGCCGCCACUGUUCCCAUCAUUUCUCAUUUGUCCUCCCAACAGCUGCCAACGAGUGAUAAAGACAUGUACAAAAAAAGCCACCUUCUUCCUCACUGCAUUUGCUCUUUAUAUAUUGUAUAAUGUUUUUUUCAAACUGUAUCAAUCAGUUUCUUUCUCAUACAGUUUUUAAGAUUGACCGUGCAAGUAAGGGCUGGGGUUAAGAAUGCUUCGAUCUCAUUUCUAAGUGGCUUUCUCUCCCCUCUUCCCUUCAUUCAUUUGCACACGAUAUUUGUUAGAGUUCCAGAGUGCAGAGUAUUUAUUGCUCACUUCUUGACUGUUCAUGCGAUGAAGGAAGACUGUGUACAAAGACGCGUAAAAGGAGGAAACUGUAGAGAUACUCUUAAACCUCUCAGCUCUGCCCCCCCCCUUGACCCUGAAGUACCUCAAACUGCCAUAUUCUGCCCCCGAUGUCCCUCUACUCUCCAAACAGCGGAGUGGGAAGUAGAGACACGAUGCCUAAAGUCUAUCUGUGCCUGAAACACAGUUUGGCCUGAAGCAGCUUCUAAAGCUGCUUUAACCUUCCGCGCGGAGGCCUCGACUCCGAGGGAGCGUCCUCACUUCCUCUGGCCUACUCUGAUGUCACUUUAAUGUCGUCACCUUAAGAGUGGGUUAGCGAUUUGGGUCCCUGGCUGGUGUGUCAGUAAACUGCAGUGGAUGAGAGUCUGUGUGUCGUCACAGGGCCUCUUGUGUGCGAUUGUUACACCUUUUUAAACUGACAGUGUGAAAGACUUGGACGUCUUUGAGGAGUGGCCCUGAGAGCGUGAGACAGCGAUUGGAUAUUAUCCUGGAGAUGUAACCGUCGAUGCAUGUGCCCCUGAUGUGUUCCCAAAGUUUUCUUUCAUUGGACCUACCACAUUAAACCUUAUCAGGGGAGGGGAUUUUUUUAAUAACUGGAUAUGUUCCUUGUUUUUUUCACAUUGUUUUUAAGAGCAGAAGUUUGUUUUUAUUAUGCAAAUAUUUGUAAAGGUUUCUUCCUCUUUUUGUACAUGACAUCACUAUUGUACACACUGUAUAUAGUCAUAGCAUCUGCGACAACAAUCACUAAAAAAAGAUUUAGAGAUCUAAGAGAAGGCAUGGCUCCUGUAUGCAGAUAAAUGGACGUCCUCUGGUUUUUAAUGUCUUCCUCCAGCGGGAAGGAGCACUUGGCUUGAUAGGGGACGUUAUAGUGGUUGUCUGGCAUGUUUAUAACCACAUCAACUUCCAUAUGUCUAACAUUGAGCUGUGGACACAAUAAAGUCAUGCCAUUCUUCACA